UUGGCUGGGGUUGGCAAGCUAUGGUGGCAAAACCCAUCCAUCCAAUCCCGUUUGAACCAGUUUGGUGGCAUUGAUGGUUUGGUGACCAAGCGGGAGGGUUUGGCCCUUGCUGCGAAAGACCGGUGGCAUUGCCUCAUCAACAGAGAUAUCUUAGAACCCGUUUUUGCUGCGAUGUUCAAUGACCGUCUUAUCAAGACACCCAGCAUGGAACCCAUUACUGUGCAAGUCCACGUGCUGGAUUUGCUUUGGCAAAACUCGAAAACGAAGGGGGGGAAGAUUCCAAUUGAUGAGACCGACCUCCCACCAAUCCCAGAGGAAAAGGAGCUGACGUACCAUCUAGCAGUGGCGUCAAUUAAGGGGCUGGUUCUCUUUGUGAGGAAGCACCGUCUCCGACCACACGUUCCACGGGAUGAUGACUUCAAGGAGCUCCUAGAUCUCUUCGGCGACUUGGAACUCUACACUGAUCUUCCAGAUGUGCAGCAAGCUCCUGGCAUGGGUGGCGAUGACAUGCAUGAGAAGGCUGCUACUGAUGAAUCUUUGGCUCGGGUUCGUGCUAUCCCGGUUCCAUCCCCUAGCACUGCCCCCAAAAUGGAAAACGAUGCUCAUGUGGCUUCCCAUGUUGAUGGUGAUCCUUUGGAACAGGAAGACUUGUUUGGUUUGAAAAAAAAAAUCGCAGCUGCCAAAGCUGAGCUAGCUGAAGAACUUUCUGGCCAAACAACACCCCCUGUUGCCCCGGAUGCUACAGUGAAUGACUUGCACAUGGAGGACCCUGACGUAAAAGAGGCUAAUAUCCUUACGCGCAUGGCGGAACUCGAGAGGAAAAUGUCAUGCACAGAGUUUCCAGCCGAGGCAGCCACAGAAUUUGAUGAGACGCUGCCAUAUGAACCCGGGGGCAUCACCGAGACCCUAGCUUUCAAACAAGCUAUGGAGGAAAAGUGGACCCCCCCAAACCCAGAGGAGAAUGACACUGGCAACAUUCCAGUUUUGAAACGCACGGAGCAGAUUCAGUUGAGAGGAGACAAGAAGGAAUGUGAAGGACAUGAGGAAGAGGCAAGGGAGGAUGACGAUGAGUUAGGUGAUGAACAUGACAUGGGACAAGAGGAGAAGGACAAGAAGGUUGAGGCAAAGGUGGAGGCUGACGAACCAGGUGAUGAUGAGCCAACUGCCAAGACCCCUGGCAAGAACCGAGGUGCAGGAAGGAAGCCCAAGCGUUCUGGGAAAGGAAAGGCAAAGGCAAAGGUGAAGAAAACUAGGAGGUGCAAGAAACAAAAGCGCACAGCAGCCGGCAGCCCCAAUGAUGCAAAUGAUGAUGCAUUGCCUGAUGCAGAUGAAAUGCAAGAAGAGGAGCAUGAGGAAGCCAUUCCCAGCACUAGGAAAAAGCCCCGAGCCGCACGAAAACGACCCCAGCCUGAAGAGGAUAAUGUGGAUGAGGCCACUGCAACCAAGAAGAAGCGGGCUGUGGAAGAACAGACCGCAGACUUACGGAGUUAUGUCAAGCAGCUCAAUUCCCAGUUUGAUGGUCAAUACAAAGUGAUGGUGUAUUGGAGCCGUCAUGCUGUGUCCUUUUCGAUCUGGGAUGACAACAAGAAAGGAUGGAAGCAGGGCCAGAUGAUGCUUAAUGGGGCCGACGAGGAUGAAGCUAUGGAGCAAUUUGACCGCUACAAGCCAGUUCUUCGUGGUCAAGAUUCUUCUUUGAGAUCUGAGCUUGAUGACUGGAUUGAAAGUGGCAUCCAGGAAAUCUUCAGUGCUGGCCAUUUUCUGCGGGGAAUGCCUUUGGCCGGAUCCAAGUGGGCGGCAAAGCGGGGUCUUGUCCAGGAAGGCAUGGAUCCUAUUGGUGUUAUUGUCCUUAUGGCUUUUCAGUUUGUGGAGUUCUUUGCUGGCAGCCUAAUGGCAACUCAGUGUGUGGCUGGGGCAGGCUACAGAGAACUUCAAGCUCAAUUGGCACAAGUGAGGGCUUCAAAGGGCCAGAGGGCAGUCAGCCAGGAUGAGGCCUCUGGAGUGCCCAGCAGUGCAACACCGUCACCCUCAGAGGACGAGACAUCGAAACGUGAGGAACUGUCCAAACGAGUGACGAAGAAGAUCAGCGAGGAGAAGUGGAAAUACAAUACCAAAAUCGAGCAGCACUAUGUUGAAGUUGAUGAAACCGGCGAGCUGAAUAAGACUUACAAGCAGAGCAAGGAAGAAGAAGAAACCACCGUCUCUGACCAGCCAGUUCAAUUCCAGGAAAUGUCCCUUGACGAACCUCCCGCCCUUGACGAUCCCAAGGCCGAAACUGUUGGCAAGGGACAGCAGCAAGGAACCGUUCCACCUGUGGCUGACCGAGAAGUUCAGGCAAGGCCCGCCUUGAAGCGUGAGAGAGCCAAGCGCAAGGCGGAAGGAACUCCUGACGCAGAUUCCAAUGGCCGUCCCAAGCCGAAGGCCAAGGGGAAGGCCAAGAAUACUCCGGCCGCAAAGGUCGAGUUGGCCCUCUUGCUCAACAUGCAGCAUCUUGCAUUGCUGCUGGGGUCUUGGGCUCA